AUGUUCAGGCGAGUGGUGCGAGCGAGUAAGUUCCGUCAUGUCUUUGGCCAGGCGGUGAAGAACGACCAGUGCUAUGACGACAUCCGUGUCUCCCGGGUCACAUGGGACAGCUCCUUCUGUGCCGUCAACCCCAAAUUUGUCGCCAUCAUCAUCGAAGCCAGUGGGGGCGGAGCCUUCCUCGUCCUCCCUCUGCUAAAGGUGAGUGUGUCACUGUCAGCCAACCAGGCAGCGUUAUGGCUCCUCCUGUCUCUUCAGGCUUGGAACACUUCCUGUCACUGUUGGCCUAGAUCUCAGUAUUAGUUACAUUCAGUCGCUCCAUUCUGUUUCAGUACGAUUUGAUUAUUUGUUAUUUCCUAAGGAUUUGAUUACUGACAGUAUUUGCAGAGGUCUUUCUUGAAAUGGCUCAUUCCCAUGACUUCAACUAAAUGAGAUUACAAUGAGAUUUUACUCUGCUGGAUAUGUAUAUUUACAUUUUAGUCAUUUAGCAGAUGCUCUUAUCCAGAGUGACUUACAGUUAGUGAGUACAUACAUUGAUUUUAUUUUUUUCAUACUUGCCAAUAGAAUUUUGUUGGCUCAACAAAAUUCAUGAUCUUCAUUAUUUGUAUGCAGAAUGUGAGGGUGCACUGUAGUAUCUCACUGCAAAAGGGCUUUCCCACCUCUUUCAGGUUUUCUGACCCUAUGAAAGACCAACAACUUCUGGACAACAGUGCUUUACGCUGAAUGGAUUUUAGGUCACAUUUCUAGGUGGUUUAAAUUUGGUGAAAGAAAAGUGAAUUUGAAAGAAGCUCCCCAUGCUCGGGAUUGAUCAGUCUGACUAGAGAGCCGGUGUUGUAGGUGUGUGUGCAUGUGUAUAGGGGAGAUGUGUGAACAGCCAACAGAGAUUGUCUGUGUAUAUCCACUCUUCUCUCUCCCCCUUCCUCUAUUCAGUACCCAAGAGCUUGCUGCUGCUGUCAGCAGAUUUGACCAUAUAUGGCAGUCCAGCAUUUUGCAUGUCAGGCUGCCUACAGGACCAUUUCCCGUCUGUCUCCCGAUUGGCUGAGGGAAAUGUGUGUCGCCUAGUGGAUUCUGGGAUAGGGGAGUUAAAAAUGUUGGGGUGAACUCUACAUUUAAAUGUAUUAAGUAGAAUCACUUAUAUUGUUGAGUGCCAUUGACGUUGUAAUCAUUUAUCAAUUUGCAGCUUUUGCAUAUAUUUCUUUAAGGAAAACAUGUUUGAGUUUAAAGGGAUAGUUCACCAAAAUUACAUAUUAGUUUCCUUACACUCUAAGCAGUAUAUGGACAAGGUAUGACAGCAAUCCAUGUUUUGGUUAAUGUUUUAGCCAGGGGUUACAUUUCUCCGUCACUGCGACAGAUUCCAGUCAUAUGGAUUCUGGAGAGGUCGUUUUUGAGAUCAGUGUAGAUCUGCAAUAAAACAUCUCCAGGUGGGGGGGGGCUGUUUUGAAGAUGACGUAUGUAUUUUCAUAUUUUAUUUUCUCUGUUACGCUGUGUGCGCUGAACUGACAUGCAUGAUUGUUGAUGACAUUCCAAUGUUCAGAAGAAGGGAAUUAAAUAGUCUAUAAUGAGCUCCACAGCAGCGCUCAACUCAAACAGCAGUGUGUAGCCUACUGUAGCUGCUGGCAAAGCAAUUCAAAGCCUAUACUUUAUCACUCAGGAUGGAACUUUCCAGUGCUACUAUUUUUGCCAUGUAAUGUUGUUAUUAAAACAAAGUCAGACAACCCCAUAGUAGAAUAGUUUACCUAUUUACCUAGUUGGCUUGUUGUUGUGUGUUCUAUGUCAGAUCUGGUCCAAUGUGUUAAUAUAAUUUUAACAAUUUUUACCGAUUUAUGUUAUUGGGCUCAUUUCUGGAGGUGGAAAUUAUAUUUUAGAUGGUGUCAGGCGUCAGCAUCAUUUUAUUUUAAUUAAUUUGGGAGUAGAAUGUCCUUUUAAAAAGUCCCCAGAACUGAGCUUCUCAGUCCUACAUAAAAAUUAUCCCAGGGAGGACCCCGGACCCACUAAGCAAGGGACUGGAAUUGGUAAACUCACAGUUUAAUACAUGUACAAAAUUAUCCUCUUUCCCUAAAAGCAUGAUGGUCAUAACUUUCUUACAUAAAAGGAGAGGUUAACUUGCCCCCAGACAAUCGAUCUGAGAUCGACUUAAGUUUCAGUCAUGGGAUUUAUUUUACCCCUGGUUUUAGCAUUUGUGGCACAAAUCCCAUUCAAGUCAUGGGACCGAUAUUAGCAUUUUUCGUGCAUCAUGUCCAAAAAAUCCGAAAGUAUCUAAAAUGUAUUGUGAAGCUCACAAAAGUCACUUGGGCUGCAUUUACACAAGCAGCCCAAUUCUGAUCUUUUCCCACACUAAUUAGUCUUUUGACCAAUCACAUCAGAUCUUUUCACAUCAGAUCUUUUUCAGCUACCUGUGUAACGCAGCCUUAUAGAUUAUUUGAACAUGAUUGGCGAAAAAUGCUAGUAUCAGUCCCAUGACUUGAAUGGGUUUUGUGCCACAAAUGCUAAAACCUUAGCAUUUGGAAACCGUGCCAGCCACUUACAGUAACAAACACCAUAGACAAGCAAUCAAUCACAUGUAUUUUAAUCAGUGUGAUUGUUGUAAGGGCAUUUGAAUUACAUGCAUCCACGCCCUCUUGUUACACUUGCCUCACUGACCCUAGGGUACUGGAUGGGAUGCAAUGAUUCUAGGCCACUUGGUUAAGUAGUUUACAUUAUAUCAUAUAUUUCCUUAAUCCCCCUCAAAGAGACUGGUAACUGCUACACUGCUUAAAGGGAAACUGCGAGAUUCUGGCAAUUAAGCCAAUUAAGCUGUUUUUCUACUUAGAUUCAGAUUCACGAGUUCAGCAACGCAUGUCUCCAAACAUGAAAAUGGCGAAACACCAUUAUUCACAACAAUUAGACUGUAUAAUCCAUGGAACAGAGAUGAUUGUUUGAGUGAGUAUGUAACUCCAUGGCUCUCUUUAUAUUUUCAUUUCCCUUUUAAUGUGUGUGUGUUUUCAAACAUCUGCUGUAACAUCUGUUGUAGUCACUUACCUCCAGUCAGUCUGUCCAGUCAUGUAGCAGUAGCCUAUAUAAUGGUCAGAUGUCAGCCUUCACUGGAAAUGAGUGAUUGGGGGGAAAAAAUGUAUACAGGAAAGUAUUGCGAUGUUAUUUUGGACGAUAUAUCGAUUCUAUUGCUAGAGUAGUAUCAAUUCUCUAAAAAACACUAACGUUAGCUAGCCCUAGUCGGCCGUACCUGCGCCAAAACUCUGGUAUUUCUUCUCUAGCUUGUUAUCCAUCUUUUUAAAUGGUGAGCCAACAUGUUUUCAGCAAUUGUAUGUCCAUGUGGUCAAAACUCAUUUUACCCGUGGCUCUCUCUUGUCCCUCUGCAGCAGACAUGGUGAGCAAAAUCUUUGGAACAUCAAAUCGCAAUAAAAUUGCAGUAUUGAAUCGCAAUACAUAUAGAAUCGCAAUACAUAUCAUAUCGUGAUGUCCCUGGAAUUUCCCAGCCGUACUGGAAACGUGACUGUUACCGAUGUCUUGUUCUAGAACUGACAUGCAUUCCCCCUGAGGGAGAGGCCUGUGUAUGGGGAGUCUAAUUAGUGAAGAUACUCAGUCAACAAAUACAAACUAUCUCUCCCUCCCUUGAUCUGUAUGAUAGGCUAUGUUGUGAAUAUGAAAUUACUGGCUGUUGUUCCUGCUCCUCCUGGUUGUUACCGUGACAACAGCAGUAAUGGCAGAGGGGGAGUGCCGGUUAGGCCCCAGGGGGUCAGACCGGUGAUUAGAUUGCUUCUCACUUCCAGCAUCUCAUAACUAGGAGUUUUGAGAGCCUGAUAUUUAUAUCUAGGAUUAAUGGCUGAUCGAGAGAAACACUGAAAAAAGAUCAACAUAGCUGCAGACUUAAUGAAUCAUUAACGAGAAUGCAUACCUUAUUUAUUCAUGCAGUAAUGUAUAGGCUAUCUCUAUCCCUAUAUCUUGCCAUAGCGAUGACUCUUGGUGGGGGGGAGAACACAUUUCUUUAUCAGUGUGGUAUUAAAAAAUGCUGAGGUCAGGGACUAGGCUAGUUGUAAAUAGGAGAACCAGUUUCUCACAAAGCCCUUUCAUGACGUCAUUCAGAGGCCUCAGUCCUGCCAUGCACAGAGUCAGUGUCAGCCUGGAUUAACCCAAAGACAGAGGAGCAGAGAGAAAGUGGGUCCUCAUCACUCAUUGAUCCAGUGGACAGCAGAGGUCACACGCUGACCCCCAGGUUGCUGAUGUCAUCUAGAGGCCAUCUGAUUGGAUGAAUGGUCUUUUUUAGGAAUGUUAGCCUGUGGAGUUUGCAAAUGACCACAUAUAAUCCUGCCUUGGGUAUUUGAUGAUAGUAAAGAUGAUGAAUGGUGUUGAAAGGAAGUAAUAGUUUAGAAAUGUGAGACAUAACAACAAUAAAUUGUCUGUCUCACAAAGACAGUACCCUAAGGCUGUAUUUUCUUCUCCUUCACAAGUCAACCCUUGGUCUUUGCCAGUAGGAUUGGGGGCUCAGUUCAGUUUCUCCCGUCUUUGUUACUGAACUCCAGCAAUCAUACUGAACCUCCUCUUUCUCUCUCCAGACAGGUCGCAUAGACAAGGCCUACCCAACAGUAUGUGGUCAUACAGGUCCUGUCCUGGACAUUGACUGGUGCCCUCACAAUGACCACGUCAUCGCCAGCGGCUCGGAGGACUGCACAGUCAUGGUACGUACAGCUAGUUUUCACUGCUUACAUCGUCAAAAUGGUGUGUCUCAAGCUCUUCAACCCCUAUAAAUUAUUUUGCAAUGAACUCGGUGACAUUUCUGAGAAAGUCUGAGAUUCACAUGGGAUCAAUAACCCUGUCUGUGGCUGUCAGUGCUGCAACAUUAGCCCCCAUGGUGUGCUCUAUACACAAAGCUUGUGUCAUAGCGUAAUCAGAACCACAGCCAUAUGUAAAUGGUGGGGCGGUGAGGUCAUCCUGUCAGUGUGUCCUUAUUUGGUCUCAGACUAAUAAAUAAUGCAUGUAGUGAGAGACUGAUAAGUCCACUGAGUGGUCCAUACAAUAUUUUAUCUAAUUGAAUGUAUUUUAUAUGAUAUGAUAGACCUAAAAGAUGGAAUACGAAAACAUUGUAGAACGGUCUGCUCUCUGAAACAUGAAGUGUAAUGCAGACCUUAUUCCUCGCCCUUCCUUGUUUCUGCACAAAGGGUGUUUUCUCCCCAUCAGCUCUCUGCUGCCACCUUUAGACUAAACACUGUUAGCACAUCCUGGUAACUUUAGACAAGCACAUCAAAGAUUGUAUGAAGAUGCCUAGAAACUGCUUAUCAAAUAGAAAUCCCUGAUCGGGGCCUCCCGAGUGGCACAGCGGUCUAAGGCACUGCAUCGCAGUGCUAGAGGCGUCACUACAGACCCGGGUUCGAUCCCAGGCUGUAUCACAACCGGCUAUGAUCGGGAGUCCCAUAGUGCGUUGCACAAUUGGACCAGCGUCGUCCGGGUUAGGGGAGGGUUUGGCCUGGGGGGCUUUACUUGGCUCAUCGCGCUCUAGUGACUCCUUGUGGAGGGCCGGGCACCUGCAGGCUGACCUCGGUCGUCAGGUGAACAGUGUUUCCUCCGACACAUUGGUGCGGCUGGCUUCCGGGUUAAGCGGGCGGGUGUUAAGAAGCGCCGUUUGGCGGGUCAUGUUUCGGAGGACGCAUGACUCGAAAUUUGGGAGGAAAAAUCACUGAUCACGAUGUCAUGGCCGAACUGCGCAUAUGCAGGCCGUCAAAUCAAAGGCACUCCUUCGAUAUAAAGUUGUUAUUGACAAAAAUGUUAGUGACACUUUCACGAGGUUGUAUUAAUGUUCAGCUACUUAAAACAUUGGUUUGAAUCAAGGUUGUGCCUUUAGAAAUAGAGAAAAUUAACAGCAUAAGGAAUACUUUUUCACUUCUCUCAUUGACUUCUCAAACCCCAAAUUCAUCCACACCGAUCUCAACAAACCAUUUCUGUAUGGACCUUGCUUUGUGCACGGGGGCAUUUGUUGCCAUAAAGUUGGAAGCACAGAAUCGUCUAGAAUGUCAUUGUAUGCUGUAGCGUUAAGAUUUUCCUUCAUUGGAACUAAGGGGCCUAGCCCGAACCAUGAAAAACAGCCCCAGACCAUUAUUCCUCCUCCACCAAACUUUACAGUUGGCACUAUGCAUUCGGGCAGCUAGCGUUCUCCUGGCAUCUGCCAAACCCAGAUUUGUCCGUCGGACUGCCAGAUGAAGUAUGAUUAAUCACUCCAGAGAAUGAAUUUCGACUGCUCCAGAGUACAAUGGCGGCGAGCUUUACACCACUCCAGCUGACGCUUGGUAUUGCACAUGGUGAUCUUAGGCUUGUAUGCGGCUGCUCGGCCAUGGAAACCCAUUUCAUGAAGCUCCCAACGAACAGUUAUUGUGCUGACGUUGCUUCCAGAGGCAGUUCAGAACUCUGUAGUGAGUGUUGCAACUGAGGACAGACAAUUUGUAUGCGCUACGCACUUCAGUUGAUCGGGGCAGCUCUAGCAGGGCAGAAAUUUGACGAAUUGACUUGUUGGAAAAGUGGCAUCCUAUGACGAUGCCACGUUGAAAGUCACUGAGCUCUUCAGUACGGGCCAUUCUGCCAAUGUUUGUUUAUAGAGAUUGGAUGGCUGUGUGCUCGAUUUUAUACACCUGUCAGCAACGGGUGUGGCUGAAAUAGCUGAAUCCACUAAUUUGAAGGUGUAUCUUUUAGUCCGUUCGUCUCCAUAGUUAAAAAUGAGAAAAUUGCUAAAGACAAGUAGCCGCUAAUGGCAUCAUGACUAACGUAAUCUCUGUGUCUUCAGGUGUGGCAGAUCCCAGAGAAUGGGCUGGUCACCCCGCUGGCUGAGCCUGUGGUGGUGUUGGAGGGACACUCCAAGAGGGUGGGCAUCGUCACCUGGCACCCCACUGCCCGGAAUGUCCUCAUGAGUGCAGGUAGAGACAGCUUUGAUACUCUGCUCUCACACAAGGAGUAUGGCACUUUCAGCAUGGGGUACAUUUGUCACAUCAGCGCUGAGAAUAUAAGGAAUCUUAUAUAUUUUCCACCUUACUGUGGGUCCGCACUCUGCUAUGAGAGACAGAGGCAUGUGGAUUCUGACUGUAGUUUGUUUGUGUCUGUCCUUCCAGGCUGUGACAACCUGAUCAUCAUCUGGAACGUGGGCACGGGCGAGGCCAUGAUCCAGCUGGAGGACAUGCACCCUGACGUCAUCUUCAGCGCCUGCUGGAGCCGCAACGGAGCCCUCAUCUGCACCGCCUGCAAGGACAAAAAGAUCCGCGUAAUCGACCCCCGCAAGGAGAAGAUUGUGGCGGUGAGUUGGCUGGGGACUCUGGGGGGUUGGCUUGAUAUGCACUCUCGCUCGUUCACACACUCAUUCACAAACACAUACACUCCCUCCUACCAAGACACGUUAUUGCUGCUGAAACAUGCGAUCCUCUCUGACAGACGGGUUGUGUGUUUCAGGAGAAGGACAAGGCCCACGAUGGAGCACGGCCCAUGAGAGCCAUCUUCCUGGCUGACGGAAACAUCUUCACCACCGGCUUCAGCCGUAUGAGUGAACGGCAGCUAGCCCUCUGGAACCCCGUACGUCACCUCCCAACCAGACACACACACACACACACACACACACACACACACACACAGACGUUCAUGCACUCAUAGAUGCACAUAUCCUUAUCUAGCCACAUGUAUAUCUAAGCACAUUAAAUGUAUUUCUUGUGUUGACAGAAAAGCAUGGAGGAACCAAUAUCAGUCCACGAGCUGGACACCAGUAAUGGAGUGUUGCUGCCCUUCUACGAUGCAGACACCAACGUAGUGUACCUGUGUGGGAAGGUGAGGAUGAUAUGCUUGUUAGAGAUGUCAUGUAUUUCCUAAGUCCGUAUCUUAUCCCUCCAAACCCAAUAACACCAAUAGUCUCCCAUCUGGAUGGCGGAUUGGUGUGGCGUCCGUCUUUCUGGGAGGAUUUGUCGUUUUCUAUUAACCUGACACUUAAAGUGAAGCUGCAGAGUCUCGCACAGGUUUUCUCAGUAACCUCUCCUCUCUGUUCAGGGUGACAGUAGCAUCCGGUACUUUGAGAUCACGGACGAGGCUCCAUUCGUGCACUACCUCAACACCUUCUCCAGCAAGGAGCCCCAGAGGGGUAUGGGGUACAUGCCCAAACGAGGACUGGAUGUCAACAAGUGUGAGAUUGCCAGGUAACAACCAUACACUUAGAAAGUGUUUGAUGUCUUUGAGACCUUCUCCUUUUGUCCACUAGAGGGAGGACAUGUUGCAGUAUUUGAGAGAACAAUCAUAAUGCCUUUGAUUCUGCGGCUGUACAUCCUCAUAAUAUUUGAUCUAUUUCCCUUGCAGGUUUUAUAAACUGCAUGAGAGAAAGUGUGAGCCGAUCAUCAUGACAGUCCCCCGAAAGGUUUGUCUCUUUCUUGAAUAAUUAUUUUUAACAUUGAAGACAUUGAUGCUGUAAAAAAGAGUGUAAUUGUAGUUCUGAUCGGGCAAUAUUAAGAAUGGAUUACAAUCCACGACUGACUAGAGUACAAUCCUAACUGAUACCAUUAUGUCUCUCUCUCUCCAUCCCACACACACACACAUGUGCAGUCGGACCUGUUCCAGGAUGACCUGUACCCGGACACAGCGGGACCAGACUGUACCAUCGAGGCGGAAGACUGGUUUGAUGGGAAGAACGGUGAGCCUAUCCUGAUCUCCCUGAAAAACGGCUAUGUCCCCGGAAAGAACCGUGACCUCAAGGUGGUCAAGAAGUCCAACGUCCUGGAGGGCAAACCAGCCAAGAAAGCAGAGAACACCUCACCUGCCCAGAGCAAGGCCUCUCCACAACCCUCUACAGUGAGUAGGACUGGACAGUUACCGUAACAACUGUAACAACAACAACAUAUUGAAUAAAACUGUACUGUAACACUGGCAACAGUCAAGAUGUAUUAAGAUAAACUAAAGAAAUCAGCUGCUGGAACACAGUGACUAGAUUUGGAUCUCAAAGUUCGAUAUCAGAAGAAUCCUGAUAAAUUUUUUGUUGUCAUUUUAGCCACCAAAUGGUUUGUGACAGAAUGUCUCUUGUCAUUAUUUAACUUGUAGUUCUUUCUCUGCUUAAUUGCAGCAAAAUGAAGGGAAACUGGAGGAGCUACUGCGAGAGGUCAAGUCGCUCAGGGACCUCGUCACCCUACAGGACCGCCGAAUUGCCAAACUGGAGGACCAGAUCUCCAAGGUUGCCAUCUAAGACUCGGCCCCCGCUCAGGACCAUUCAUUGGUUGGGAGAGAAUCAAAUGUGCGGGGCCAGCCACUGGCAAAAUUGUAGAAUUCGGCUUCAUCAUUCCGCAUGGCAUCUUCCCAGCGACGAUCCCAAGCACGCAUUCCAAGAUGAACUUUUUUUUUUCUCAUCAUGCCUACCCUCUCACUUUCCUCUAAAACACUUAGAGAAAAAACUGUUGCAAUUCAUAGUCCACUUUUUACUGGGUAUGAAACGCAUUUAAAUAUCUGCAAUUUUUCUGUUGAUGGAAAAGUCUUACCGUUUUUGUUAUUGUUUUAAAUUGUGGUCUAGAACAUUCUGUGAAGUUUUUACUUACUGCCAUACUCAACAGUUGUAUGUAACCAUCAGUAUUGCCAUAUUCCCUUGAUUUUUGUGCUGCCAAAUUUAAAUGGUGUGUAUGGUUCAUGCACCACUUUUACAUUUUCGUUUUUUGUGUCUUCUCUCCUGUUGUGCAUUCCAGUUUCAGACUAUACUAUUAUAGAAUGAUUUAGUCAAACUAUAGCUGUUACUGUUGCAAAAGAAAGACAAAAGAAAUCUGAAUUUUUCCGCCAAGCCAACUGCUCGUAUUAAGCAUCAGGUCACUAAAUGUGAAGGAAGUGCUUCUGAUCAUACUUUUAGCUUCUGCUCUUCUGGGUGUAGAUUUGAACUGUGGCGGUGUCUGGAGGCAGUGGGGUAAACUGCAGCUCUCGCUGGUGUAAAUGUUGUGUAAGUGUAGUGGUGCCUCUGUGGCUGGUAUUAGGGGUCAAUCUGAGGUCCCCCUCUCCGGUGCAUGUUGUGGCAUUUGGAAAGGACCACUCUCUCAGCACUUGUUUCACUCAACCCUUUGACAUAUAGUUCUGUGCAUGCAAUAAAGAUUUUACUCAUGCACAUGUCUUCUCCACAAUAAAUCCCUUAAAUUCUUUCUUUGCACUAACUUCUCUUUCUGUCCUUUCUCCUCUGUCUGUUUUCCUGGUCUGAAUGAAAUGAUCCUCACACUGAAACAGGCAGAGCAGUGCACAGUCUGAUGGAAGACAGCUCAAGUGGGAUUUUAGAAACCAUUAUGUGAAUAUCAUACCCCCAAGAUAUGCUAACCUGUCACCAUCACAAUAACGGGAGGUUAGCUUUUUGUUGGGGGGGGGGGGUAUGAU